CAUCCUCCUCCCCACGUCCGUAGCCAUUUUGGCUCAUGCCAUCCACCAGCGGAUGACAGCCCUAUUGCUCAAGCUCGCUAGGCACCAUGUCUCGCGGUGUGAGAAGCGGGGAGGUCUCCGACGUGGAGGUGACUGCGGGAGGCGCCCCAGCCGGUGGCGCCCUUUCAUCAUCACGUGCUUCAAGGAGGUCGCGGGCUCGUGUUUCUGCUGACCGUCUCGUCCAGCGACUCUCCGGCAAGUUGGACCAGCUCGCCGCGCAGGCGCACCUGGCUGAGGAGGCGCUCGCGCUCAUCGUGGGGAACUCGGAGGUUUGGGCUCGGCUCAGGGCGGUGGUGCUUGCUGUCGUGGCCCUGGUCCGCGGCGAGGAGCCCCAGUGGCUCGACGUGCUCCGCCGCAACGUCGCGCUGCACGCCGGCGCGGAGGACAUCGAUGUGGAGCACGCUUCGGCCACCCAACUCCGUCGGGCGCAGUAUGGGCCCAGGCUGGAGGAGAGGAGGCGCUCCCCUUCCCGCCAGGCCGCCCGUGUGCGUGCCGAGGCUCCCGAGUUCGUCCCGCGCGCCCCCGCCUCCAUAGUCGGGAGCAACUGCACGCGCGGCUGUGCAUUGUAUUCUUCCUGCCGCUGGACCGAGCUCCCGACGACAUCAGCGAUUGUUUUGCAGUCUCCCACCGCCGCCUGGGGAGUAUUUUCUGGCUCAGCGGCACGGGGGGCCCCCGCUCCGCCUUCGGAGGCGCGGGAGGGGGAAGUAUUGGUGCUUGCUGUCAAGCUUCUCGCGCGCAGGGUCCACCCCCCUGCCGCGGAUGGCUCUGAGGGUGGUGGCGCCGCGUUGCCGCGCGAGUCCGAGGCCCAGCUCACCGAGCAGAUGGACGAGGUCAAGCCGAACUCGUCCGUCCUCCCUGCCAGUUCGUGCGAGGAUCAUCUCAUGCUCACCGAAUCCGAAUGGAACGCGGAGGUGGGCGGCCUGCUUUCGAAGGCUCAGACCGACGAGCCCCUGGACAAGCUGGCGCCUGCUGCUGCGCAUCGUCAUGGCCAUGUGGAUGGAAUCGCCCGGGUCUCGAGUCCUUCGCAGUAGUUUGCUCGCGAUCUCGUCGCCCGUGCUUGGCUGCGCGAAGCUCCAGUUCGUGAAGAUGUUGAUGAUGCUGCACCUUGCGUUGGUGACGGUCCUACCGCUGCUGCCACUCCUUACGUUUUCGCCCAGGGUAUUUUCCGCGAGGUUGUGGACGAUUGUGAGUACGGCUCCAGCGCGCAGAGAGUUGGUUUCAAGGGUAGUCGGCUGGACGCUCGUUCCAAACGCAACGUGAAGGCGAAGUAACAUCCUCGGCUUCUCCUGCGACGUGUUCGGGGCUCGUCGUGGUGGCCUUCAUCGUCCCCGCCCUGGAGUUCCUCCUGCCCGCGCUGCUGGAAGGGCCCAGGGAUCGUGUGAGCGCCUACGUUGCCAUGCUUUUUGGCACCGUGCGGCGCGCUCGUUUGGCCAGCCUGCAGCGUCCGCCCUGCAGGCUGCAUGCACCAGUCCUCGCUGGUGCCUGCAGCUCGCGGUCUCCGCAGCUGCAGCAGGGACUCCCAUGACUGGGGGCAGAGGGUGCAGCGGCAA